CCAAAACUGUAAUUAGUUAUACAACAAAAUAAGAUAACAAACAUUUUUAGAAUUAAUUAUAUUAUAUGCAUUAUAUUGUUAUGAGUAUCAUUAUUUUCAAAAAAUGAAGGUUACAAGUCUUAUCGAUUUAAAAGGUUGCUUUUGGAAGGUUUUUAGUUUAGUGUUGAAUAUGAAACCAACGAUUUUUAUAUUUAUUUGCAUUCUUGCAAUUCUUGGGAGUAAUGAAGUUGAGUCAAAAACAUUUUUGGAUGCUUUAAAAGUUUUUAUUAAGCAACACAAAGACAAUUAUGUUCUAACCAUGGAACCAUGUAACUUAAUAUUUAUGGGUCUUGGACUAUCGGAUACUUCUUGUACAGUUUAUUGUGCCUUAGUAGGAAAAAAUAAUGGUGGAAAAUGCAGCCUUGAAACAUGUACAUGUAACUAAAGUUUGAAAAUAUUUUAAUUUGUAAUUUAAAUAUAAUAAAUAUGG